AUGGCUGUUCCCACUUUCUGUCACCAGGAAAUGUAUCAGUGUGUGUCUCUCCUACUCCUGCUGAUGGGCAGAGGUGGUAAGUUUUUACAGUCAUCAAAUCACCUCUUGAUAUUGAAAAGUCUCACAACUAUAAUAUGAGCGUCAUCCUGUGUGUGUUUCCCCUAGUGCUCUCCCAGAAAGUGGAAGUAUGUUCCAAAACAGUGAUCAACUCCUGCAGCGACUGCAUCAGAUCAGGAGCGUACUGCGUGUGGUGCAAACAACUGGUGAGGAGUGCAAUACUGUAUGUGUGGUAGUAGUGCUAAAACGUAAAUGAUGAGAGCAAAGUGGAGGCACAAAUGCUAACACCUUUUUGAGGUCCCAUGUGUGAAUAAAAGCUGUGUGGGUACACUAGGUGCCAGUGGUGGAAAAAGUACCCAAUUGUCAUACUUGAGUAAAAGUAAAGAUACAGUACCUUAAUAGAAAAUGACUCAAGCCAAAGUGAAAGUCACUCAGUAAAAUACUACUUGAGUAAAAGUCUAAAGGUAUUUGGAUUAAAAUAUACUUAUGUAUCAAAACUAAAUGUAAUUACUAAAAUAUAGUAUAAAAAGUAAAAGUAUAAAUCAUUUCAAAUGUCUUAUGUUAAGCAAACCAGAAUGCACCGUUUUAUAAUUUAAAAAAAAUAAAUAAUGGAUAGCCAGGGGCUAUCUCCAACACUCAGACAUCAUUUACAAAUCAAACAUUUGUUUUUAGUGAGUCCGCCAGAUAAGAGGCAGUAAGGAUGACCCGGGAUGUUCUCUUGAUAAGUGUGUGAAUUGGACCAUUUUCCCAUCCUGCUAAGCAUUCAAAAUGUAAUGAGCAGGGGCGGCCUGUUCAAUAGGGCGAUAUGGGCGACGCACUGCCAAACGGGAAAAGGAAGGGAUUUUUUUUCUAAUCAAUUAUAUCACAGCAACAGUAGUUAUCAGUGUUGUAAUCUAUACGUCUGAUCUGCCACAGUGCCACACUGCCACUAAAUGUCGAAUCAGGCUAAAGUCGUGCUUCAAAUGGCUCCCCCCCCUUUUGGGGCGAUUUCAGUCAGGUUGAAAAUCGCCCAGAAGUCUGUCAUAGACUCCCAUGUAAAAUCUAUUUUUUUCAAAUUUCAGAGCCUUCAAUACAAUCUCAAUGGGUGUCUGUGGGCUUGCACUUACGCGCUUUCGUCAUACGUUACGUAACCAUGAACGUAACUGAGAAAAGAGCGGAUUGUUUGAAAGAAGUUCCUUUUUGUCGGCGAACAAAUGAAGAUAAAUUGGCAACGAAACAAUUAGGACCUCCCAGACCAAAUUUAAUAAUUCAACAGGUUUCUACUAAAGGCGGAAAGUCCUACACCCGAGGAUUUUCCAAAAAUUGGUACGAACGAAAAAAGACAUUGCCACUCACUCAACUGGAUGAGGGAUACAGGCUAGCUGUCCGCCGCCACAACGAUGAGGUUAGUGUUGAUAAUCACAAGUUUACUGGAGAACUGAGACCAAGUAGAGACUUUGGACAGGGUGGAUAUGGUAUAAUAAAGGCAGUUUAUUCAGAGGUAAAGAUAUCUGGAAUCGCGUUCACGGACCCGUUCGUCAAACUCUUAGGGAGCUAUAAAUUAAGCCCCAUUACUUACCAUAUCAGAUAAGAGAAAUUGCUGCAGCUACAUAUAUUUUACAUCCUGGCCCUACAUAGUUCACUAUUUGCAUCACUUACCAAAAUAUUACAUGUGGUCAUAUAUGCUUGGAAAGUGGAGAUGCCAUAGAACGUCAAAAAAGUAAACAUUGCUGGAGACACAUUGCCGUUUUGGAGAAGACAUCGCGUUUGCUAGCGAAGAGAUUUGUUGUGGCAAAUGAACUUGGGCUGGGAAUUGCCAGGAACCUCACGAUAAGAUAUAGCUAUGCAUCAGCAUUGCGAGUCUCAUGAUUCUAUACGUAUUGCGAUUCGAUACUGUGAUUUUAUUGCGCACCAUAUGUCUGUUGCAGAGGGAUCAGAAAGCCAUGAGAACGAGUUUUGAUCAGUCAUGGAAAUAAAAGUGCUGAAAACAAAUUGGCUCCCAAUGUGAAAAGAUUGAGAACAAGCUAUGAAGGAACAAUAAUGGUGUUUUGGUGCAGGUACAGCCAACUAGCGCUAAAAUAUUGCGAUAUUGUCAAUACAGUAUAUCGUAAAGUAUCACUAUGUAACUCGAUUUCUUUCACCCCAAUCCCUCAAAUUAACGGUAAAUAACUGAAUUGUUUGCCCCACAUUUAGCUAAGAUGAUUAGCUAGCCAGCUAAAAUGUUUUAUUUAGUUAGCAGUCGCAUCUACAAUAGUUUACUGUCAAUAACAUGUCUCCAAAAAUGACGUGGUGUCUCCAAUUGUGUUGACAUUUUACAAUUGCGAUGCGCAUCCAUGAGUAUCCACUUUCUGUAGCUCAGCUGGUAGAGCAUGGUGCUUGUAACGCCAAGGUAGUGGGUUCGAUCCCCGGGACCACCCAUACACAAAAAUGUAUGCACGCAUGACUGUAAGUCGCUUUGGAUAAAAGCGUCUGCUGAAUGGCAUAUUAUUAUUAUUAUCUGAAGAGAGCCCCGAAACAUUGUGUGCAGACAUUUUAUGCAAUAAAUGAAGUAGGUUGAAUCUAGUAGUUCUGAUCUUCUGAUUGGUCCUGAUGAGUUGGGCGAGGUCCCCUCCAGGCUACUGUCACUGUUGCAUUGGCUCUGAGUCGGGUUCUCUGUCUUCAAAUGUUCAGCCUAAGAGAGGGGAUUUUUGUGUGUGUGUGUGUGUGUGUGUGUUUAACAGUGAUGAUGUGUGUGUGUGUGUGUGUGUUUAACAGUGAUGAUGUGUGUGUGUGUGUGUUUGUGUGUGUGUGUGUCCUCAGAGCAAGAACUCGUGAGUUGGAAGAACUGAGAGGCCUAUGGCGUGGGUGUUGUCCUUGGCCACCUGCUGACAAGGCUGACAAGAUAGGACCCUUUUGUCCAUUGUUAUUGGAUAGGAACAGAACUUAUAACCAGCUCCUGACCUAAAUAGAUCUUAGCACAACAUUUUACUCAACAUAUCAUAUUCCAUAUUCACUAUAACAAAUAUAUUUACUACGACAUUAGCAAGAACCGCCACAUCCUCAGCCGGCUAAUCCAGUGUGUGAAGUUUUGCGGAGUGUUUGAGUUAGCUUUGCGAGGCAAAGAUGAAACUGAGGGCUCCACCAACCCUGGUAAGCCAACACUUUUGAGAUCAGUCAAUAAAUCAGUCAAAAAAAGCUCUGGUAUUGACUUAUAUGCUGCCCCUGUCUUCAUGUUGUUGCUGGACAUAUCUUUUUUAAAAUGUGUGUAGGUCACCUAAAUCAUCAGAAAAAUUGCCCCUCCUGAGAAUUUUUUCAGGAGCCGCCACUGAGUACUUUUGGGUGUCAGAGAAAAUGUAUGGAGUAAAAAGUACAAUAAUUUCUUUAGGAAUGUAGUGAAGUAAAAGCAAAGGUUGUUGACAAUAUUAAUAGUAAAGUACAGAUACCCCAAAAAACUACUUAAGUAGUACUUUAAAGUAUUUUUACUUAAGAACUUUAUACCGCUGCUAGGUGCUAACAUUAUGCAUUUGGCUGUCUAUGUAAAGCAGUGUAUGCAAACAGGGCUGAGAAUAUGCAUGAAAGUGUUAAGCUAAAGUAUGUGGGUUGGAGUGCUAGGAUAUGCAUGUGCAGACCCCAUUUUAUUUCCAUUGUUUGAAUAAUAUUCACUUACAUCUAAAUGUACAACUGUGCACAAGGUCAGUCAACUGCAACAACGUUUACAGCGACUGGGCAACUGAAGAAAUAUUACAAUUUGGAGUUGCUUGAUAGUUUGUUGAUAGUCUAAUAGAGCAUCUACAGAUAUGGUUGACACACUUAUUUUAAGUCCAGAGUUUAUAUCUGUCCCAUUCACAGAACUUCAUCAAACCAGGGCAGCAAGAAGCAUCUCGCUGUGACACCUUGGCUCAGCUAUUAGAGAGGGGCUGCAUGGAAAGAGACAUCAUCAACCCCCAGAAUAACCUUACUGUGUCUAAGAACACCUCCCUGUCCACCAGUGCAUUUGCCAAGGAGGAACCCACCCAGCUGCGUCCUCAGGAGGUAAAUCUGAAGCUCAGACCAGGUGGGUGUUCUCAAAAUGGCCAAAUUGGGUUCUUCUUCUUCGGUGGGUUUCAACGGUGGUUGGCUUCCAAUGUUAGUGGUGCAUUACCGCCCAAACUGGGUUCUAAGAUGGCUGCCAUGUUUUGAAAAUGGAUAAAAUCAUGUAGUUGGAUAAAGGACCAAAAGCCUGUUUUAGUAUGGGCAGCGUCAUUAAUGACUUUCGCCAUUUUUAAGUAGUCAACUGGGUGGGACAUCCUAUGGGUUAAGGAAGGAUCACAGAAUUAUAUCCAGGUCACCAGCAGGGAUCUGCCAAUUAAUUAAACUCCUCAGCAAUCCUUCCAUAACUGCAUGCGUCAGUAAAUAACCAACCUUGGCUUUACGCCCUCUAUCCAACUCUAUGGCUGGAACAUAUUAAAAGUAGCCCUAAGUAAUCAAACACAAUGAAAUUAUCUUAAAAUAGCAAAUUUAUAACCUCAAUUUCAUCAUAUCACGUUAUCAUCAUGUGCUUUUGGCUUGAUAUUUUUUAUAUCUUUUGCUUUGUUCAGGGCUGCCUCGGACGUUCAAGCUGGACUUUCAGAGAGUGGAGGGCUAUCCUGUUGAUCUCUAUUACCUGAUGGAUCUCUCCUACUCCAUGGAGGAUGAUCUGAGGAGCAUCAAGUCUCUGGGAAACGAGCUCUUUAAAGCUCUGCAAGGCAUCACAAAACAAGGGCGAAUAGGUGAUAUAUCUUAGAUCGGAUCAAAUUGUUCAAAUAUUAUUAGAUUAUUUUAUUUGCCUUUGGUUUAGCCUGCCUUGGGUGCCAGGUGGGUGGGGUUUGCCCUUUUGGGAUAUUUCUAUUAGAUCCAUUCCAACAGCAGAGCUAAAGUAUUUCAAAUGAUUUCAAAUAGUAUUUGAACCCAGGUCUGUCUCAGCCUCAAUUCCUACUCAAUUCCUAGUCUAUCUUUGAGUGUCCAUGAAUCUCAUUUUUUAUAACCUUUAUCUUUUGCUGCAGGCUUCGGCUCUUUUGUAGACAAGACUGUCCUGCCUUUCACUAACACCAACCCAGAGAAGCUGAAGAAGCCAUGCGCCGACAAGGAGCAGUUCUGUCAACCUGCCUUUGGCUACAGGCAUGUUCUUAGCAUGACAGGGAACGAAGCUGACUUUAAGAGGGAGGUAGACAAGCAACGCAUCUCUGGGAACUUGGACUCCCCUGAAGGGACGCUGGACGCCAUCAUGCAGGCUGCAGUCUGUGGGGUAAGAGUAGUCUAAUCCCACAGGGCAAAAAUAAGUUGAACCAACGUUCUAUCAACAUACUGACAUUGAACAUCAAUAGAAUGUUGGGUUAAUCUAUUGUCAAAGCAGCAUUGUGUAUCAUAGAUAAGUACAUACUGUAGAUAGAUAGGCAGAUGGGGAAGUAGUUCACUUCUAUAACACCAAUCUCUUUUUGCUGUCUUUAGACACAAGACUACCACACACAUCAUAGGCUGAACGUAGCAGUGUAUGACGCUUGCAGGCGGAAACAUUAGAUAAAGUGACUCACACUUCCUCUGUGAUGCUCUGCCAGUGUAGUACAAAAAAAACUCCAAUGUGUGAUGUCGACUUUUUCGCAUCUUUUCCAUCCAUUUUACAUGAAGCCUCAAAUUGUUUUCCACAGGACAGGAUUGGCUGGAGGAAUAGCAGCACUCGGCUAAUCGUCCUGACCACCGAUGAUGGCUUCCACAUGGCAGGGGAUGGCAAGCUGGCUGGCAUACUGGAGCCCAACGAUGAGAGAUGUUACAUGGACAACCAACUGUACAGCAAGAGCAAUUACAUGGUAUGUGAUGGUGACAUAGGAUACAUUCAGAUCAAUAUGAUUGGUCCUCACCAAAACUUUGAUAUAAUGUACUGUAUAUGAAAAAUACCAUAAGAGAAUAUGAGAAAUAUGUAAUGAAUACAACAGCAUGACUGGACUGAACUAAAGCCUGUAUAUUCCAUCCCCUUUGGCCCUAAACAAUUACAUUAUUGAGGUUGUACAAGUUAAGUGUCUCUGUAUGUAGGACUACCCAUCUGUUGGUCAAGUGGCUUCACAGUUAGAGAAGAACAACAUUCAGCCAAUCUUUGCUGUGACAAAGAAUAUGGAGAAUGUAUACAGGGUAAGUGGACUCAUUCUCUCUUUCUUCCUCUGUUUUUCUAUUGUUAUAAACGUCAACAUAUCUAAUGCAGGCACUUAUUAAUACUCCCACAUAAUAAUGAAGAGUAUCUUAAAUAACUUUCACAGUGCGCCUGAACCUCCCCCCCCCCCUUUAGCACUGACUGCUGAUAAAUACUUUGUUGAGGGAAAAUGUACUUGAUACGUUUGUGAUGUGUUGUUGUCUCACCUAACUAUCUUAAGAUGAAUGCACUAAUUGUACUGUAAGUCACUCUGGAUAAGUGUGUCUGCUAAAUUACUAAAGUGUAAAUGUAAAUGUAUAAUCAACACUUUUUUCCAGGAACUCAGUAGAAUGAUCCCCAAGUCUGAGGUGGGAGUACUGUCUGAGGACUCCAAAAAUGUUGUUGAAUUGAUCGAAGCUGCCUACAAUGUAAGAUAUUUACAAUAUUUUCUUAUUAAUUUAAUGAAUCACUUUUUAAAAAGAUGGUACUCCAAUAAUUGAUAUUGUAAUUAUGUGUUUAAUGUGUGGAACUUUACUUGAGUUAAUCAUAAACCUCUAGUAUCUCUAGGAGUCUCUAGUGCUGGUGAUUUAGCAUUGGUGUUAACUCUGAGACUGUUUUGUGUCUGACACAGAGGCUCUCCUCCAAAGUAACGGUGACUCAUGAUGCUCUCCCUGACAAUGUGAGAGUCACUUACACUCCACUCUGUCCUGGAGGGGGACCCGCAGGGGACAAGGGGGUCUGUGACAACGUUAAAGUAGGACAGAUGGUAAGAGCUCAGAAGUAUCUAUCACAUACCAAAAAAUAAUAUGGUAACACUUGAUAAUAACUGAAGUAUUAAUCAACUAUUGAUAAAACAGGAAUGUGUAUUUCAUUAUUUGUAAACAUUUAUAUACAUUUAUUGUAAUUAUAAGCAAUAUAAUUAACAUAAUGGCUAAUUAGUGACCUUUAUUAUAAAGUGUUAUACUUUGGUAUUUGGUAUGUUAUUAGGAUCCCCAUUAGCUUUUGCCAAAGCAGCAGCUACUCUUCCUGGGGUCCACACAAAACAUGAAACAUGACAUAAUACAGAACAUGAAAAGACAAGAACAGCUCAAGGACAGAACUAUAUCAAUUUUAAAAUGGCACACGUAGCCUACAUAUCAAUACAUACACAAAAACUACCUAGGUCAAAUAGGGGAGAGGCGUUGUGCUGUGAAGUGUUGCUUUAUCUGUUUUUUGAAACCAGGUUUGCUGUUCAUUUGGGCAAUAUGAGAUGGAACGGAGAUGUAAUGGCUCUAUAUAAUACUGUAGGCCUUCUUGAAUUUGUUCUGGAAUUGGGGACUGUGAAAAGAACCCUGGUUCAACUGCCACACCAUUCAUUACCAGAUUCAGCUGAGGUCUAGAACUUAGGGAAUUAUUUAUACCAAAUACAAUUCUCUUAGUUUUAGAGAUGUUCAGGACCAGUUUAUUACUGGCCACCCAUUCCAAAACAGACUGCAACUCUUUGUUAAGGGUUUCAGUGACUUCAUUAGCUGGUUGCUGAUGCAUAUAUGGUUCAAUCAUCAGCAUAUAUGGACACACAUGCUUUGUUUAAUGCAGGGCUGCCCAACCCUCUUCCUGGAGAUAUACUGUCCUGUAGGUUUUCAGUCCAACCCUAAUCUGAUUCAGCUAGGUAAGGUCUUGUUGAGCAGCUAAUAAGUAGAAUCAGGUGUGUUAAAUUAGGGUUGGACUGAAAACCCACAGGAAGGUAGAUCUCCAAGAAGAGGGUUGGGAAGCCCUGGUUUAAUGCAUGUGGCAGGUCAUUGGUCAAAAUAGAAAAGAGUAGAGGGCCUAGAGAGCUGCCCUGUGGUACACCAUACUUUACAUGUUUGACAUUAGAGAAGUUUCUAAUUGUGGGAUGUUUCAGAUAUUUUUUUAUAACCCAACCCUGAUUUGUACUUCUCCACAAUUUUGUCCCUGACCUGUUUGGAGAGCUCCUUGGUCUUCAUGGUGCCGCUUGCUUUGUGGUGCACCUUGCUUAGUGGUGUUGCAGACUCUGGGGCCUUUCAGAACACGUGUAUAUAUACUGAGAUCAUGUGACACUUAGAUUGCACACAGGUGGACUUUAUUUAACUAAUUAUGUGACUUCUGAAGGUAAUUGGUUGCACCAGAUCUUAUUUAGGGGCUUCACAGCAAAGGGGGUGAAUACAUAUGUACGCACCACUUUUCCAUUAUUUAUUUUUUUGAAUUUUUUGAAUCAAGUAAUUUUUUUCAUUUCAUUUCACCAAUUUGGACUAUUUUGUGUAUGUCCAUUACAUGAAAAAUCCAUUUAAAUUACAGGGUGUAAUGCAACAAAAUAGGAAAAACCCCAAGGGGGAUGAAUACUUUUGCAAGGCACUGUAGAUAGUUCUGAAUCUACGAUAUGGCAGAGGUUGAAAAGCCAUAACACAUACAGUACCAGUCAAAAGUUUGGACACAACUACUCAUUCAAGGGUUUUUCUUUAUUUGUACUAUUUUCUACAUUGUAGAAUAAUAGUGAAGACAUCAAAACUAUGAAAUCACAGAUAUGGAAUCAUGCAGUAACCAAAAAAGUGUUAAACAAAUCAAAAUAUAUUUUAUAUUUGAGAUUCUUCAAAUAACCACCCUUUUCCUUGAUGACAGUUUUGCACACUCUUGGCAUUCUCUCAACCAGCUUCAUGAGGUAGUCACCUGGAAAUAAUUUCAAUUAACAGGUGUGCCUUGUUAAAAGUUAAUUUGCGUUUGAGCCAAUCAGUUGUGUUGUUACAAGGUAGGGGUGGUAUACAGAAGAUAAACCUAUUUGGUAAAAUACCAACUCCAUAUUAUAGCAAGAACAGCUCAAACAAGCAAAGAGAAACGACAGUCCAUCAUCACUUUAAGACUUUGAAAGUUUCUUCAUGUGCAGUCGCAAAAACCAUCAAGCGCUAUGAUGAAACUGGCUCUCAUGAGAACUGCCACUGCAUGAAUCAGGCCUUCAUGGUCGAAUUGCUGCAAAGAAACCACAACUAAAGGACGCCAAUAAGAAGAAGAGACAUGCUUGGGCCAAGAAACAUGAGCAACGUCAGCCUCGAAAACUUAAUGACUUGGAGAAGAUCUGCAAAGAGGAGUGGGACAAAAUCCCUCCUGAGAUUUGUGCAAACCUGGUGGCCAACUACAAGAAACGUCUGACCUCUGUGAUUGCCAACAAGGGUUUUGCCACCAAGUACUAAGUCAUGUUUUAGGGUCAAAUACUUAUUUCCCUCAUUAAAAUGCGAAUCAAUAUAUAAAAUUUUUGACAUGCGUUUUUCUGGACUUUGUUGUUGUUAUUCUGUCUCUCACUGUUCAAAUAAACCUACCAUUAAAAUUAUAGACUGAUCAUUUCUUUGUCAGUGAGAAAACGUACAAAAUCAGCAGGGGAUCAAAUACUUUUUUCCCUCACUGUACAUUAGACCGGUGGAAAUCUGUCCUUUGGCCUGAUGGGUCCAAAUUUGAGAUUUUUGGUUCCAACCGCCGUGUCUUUGUGAGAUGCAGAGUAGGUGAACGGAUGAUCUCCGCAUGUGUGGUUACCACCGUGAAGCAUGGAGGAGGUGGUGUGAUGGUGUGGGGGUGCUUUGCUGGUGACACUGUCAGUGAUUUAUUUAGAAUUCAAGGCACACUUAACCAGCAUGGCUACCACAGCAUUCUGCAGCGAUACGCCAUCCCACCUGGUUUGCGCUUAGUGGGACUAUAAUUUGUUUUUCAACAGGACAAUGACCCAAAACACACCUCCAGGCGGUGUAAUAGCUAUUUAACUAAGGAGAAUGAUGGAGUGCUGCAUCAGUUGACCUGGCCUCCACAAUCACCCAACCUCAACCCAAUUGAGAUGGUUUGGGAUGAGUUGCAGAGUGAAGGAAAAGCAGCGAACAAGUGCUCAGCAUAUGUGGGAACUCCUUCAAGACUGUUGGAAAAGCAUUCCUCAUGUAGCUGGUUGAGAGAAUGCCAAGAGUGUGCAAAGCUGUCAUCAAGGCAAAGGGUGGCUCCUUUGAAGAAUCUCAAAUAUAGAAUAUAUUUUGAUUCGUUUAACACUUUUUGGUUACUACAUGAUUCCAUAUGUGUUAUUUCGUAGUUUUGAUGUCUUCACUAUUAUUCUACAAUGUAGAAAAUAGUAAAAAUAAAGAAAAACCCUUGAGUGAGUAGCUGUGUCCAAACCUUUGACUGGAACUGUUCGUUUUUUCAACAACAGGUUAUGGUCAAUAAUAUCAAAGGCUGCUCUGAAAUCUAAUAGUACAGCUCUAACAAUCUUCUUAUUAUCCAUUUCUUUCAAAUUAUCAGUCAUUUGUGUCAGUGCAGUACAUGUUGAGUGCCCUUCUCUAUAAGCAUGCUGAAUGUUUGUUGUUACAACCAAUAAAUGCCGCUUUAUCAGUCUUGGGUAGCGGAAUUACUUUGGCUUCCAUCCAGGCCUGAGGACCUGUAAACUCAGAUUAAAGUGGCUAUAGUCAGCUACCAUCCUCAGUAGCUUUCCAUUUAAGUUGUCAAUGCCAGGAUGUUUGUCAUUAUUGAUCGAUAACAAUACUUUUUCCACCUCUCCCACACUAACUUUACAAAAUUCAAACUUGCAAUGCUUUCAAUUAUUAGUUUUCUUAUGCAUGAAUACGAUGGCUCACUGUUAGUUGUUGGCAUUUCCUGCCUAAGUUUGCCCAAUUUGCCAAUGAAGUAAUCAUUAAAAUAAUUGGCAACAUCAAAUGGUUUUGUGAUGAAUAAGCCAUCUGAUUCGAUGAAAUAUGUCUUUCUGCCCAUAAUUUCAUUUGAAGUACUUCAAAGUUUUCUUCCAUCAUAAUUAUAUAAUUGAUCUUGGCUUCAUAAUACAGUUUCUUCUUCUUUUUGUUGAGUUUAGUCACAUAGAAAAGUAAUCCAGUCAGAUGUGCAGCCAGACUUAUUAGCCACUCCUUUUGCCCCAUCUCUUUCAACCAUACAGUUUUUCAAUUCCUCAUCAAUCCAUGGAGCCUUAACAGUUAUAACAGUCAGUUUCUUAACAGGUGCAUGUUUAUCAAUCAUUGGAAGAAGCAAGUUCAUAAAUUCUAGAUGCUACUUAUUAAUCACAUUAAACCAACAAAUAUUUUUAACAUCAUCCAUAUAAGAGUCACAACAAAAUCUUUUGUAUGAUCUUUUAUACAAUAUUAUUUUACACUCUUAUACACUAUUUUAUGUACUCCUGAGUGGCGCAGUGGUCUAAGGCACUGCAUCGCAGUGCUAACUGUGCCACUAGAGAUCCUGGUUCGAAUCCAGGCUCUGUCGCAGCCGGCCGCGACCGGGAGACUCAGGGGCGGCGCACAAUUGGCCCAGCGUCGUCCAGGGUAGGGGAGGGAAUGGCCGGCAGGGAUGUAGCUCAGUUGAUAGAGCAUGGCGUUUGCAACGCCAGGGUUGUGGGUUCGUUUCCCACGGGGGGCCAGUAUAAAAAAAUAUAUGUAUUCACUAACUGUAAGUCGCUCUGGAUAAGAGCGUCUGCUAAAUGACUAAAAUGUAUUUUAGGCCCAUGAUAAUACAUAGCAAACCAACAUUAUCCAAACAGAUACCACAAAUGUACUCAUUGCAUCUCUUGAAUUCCUCUCAGGUGUCUUUCAACGUAACAGUGACGGCAGAUGAAUGUAUAGAUGGAGAGAUGUCUUUUCUGAUUGGCCCAUUGGGUAUAAAAGACAAGCUGAAGGUGAACUUGUCGACUCGCUGCGAGUGUGUUUGUGAUGACCCCCAGGAGGACAAUCACCCAUACUGCAACGGGAAGGGUAAAGUCAACUGUGGCAUGUGCAGGUAAGGCAGGCAUUGGCUGGGAUAUAAAACAAAUAGCAUGUGCUUUUGUUUUCACUAUAUUUUCCAACUUAUGUUGAUAUAGUCAAUAUUGAAUCCAAUAUAUGUUGCAAUGAUUUACCCUCCAUCCCCCUGGAACUGCAUUGAGUCACCUGAAAAAAAACAAGGGACUUCUGAGAAACAUGGAUUGAUAUGAACCAUCUAUUCCAUUCUAUUUUCUAUACUGUAUUUCUAUUCUCUAUAUUCAGGGGGUGGGGUGGGGGGGGGGGGGGGGGGGGGGGGGGGAAAGGAGACACAGUGGUGGGGGGUGGUACAUGUAAAUGUGGUACAUGUAAAUUUUUCACAAGCAAUCAGUACAGUAGGCUAUUUCCUCCCAACUCUGUGCAGUUGCAAAGCCGGCUUCGUGGGCCAGAAGUGUGAGUGCUCCAUUGGGGAGAAGGACGAGAGCUCUCUGAGGGCGGCAUGCCGGAAGGACAACGGCACGGAGUGCGAAGGACGAGGGGACUGUGUGUGUGGCAUGUGCCAGUGCUAUGCCCUACAAGGCGGCAGCACCUACUACGGCACGCACUGCGAGUGUGAAAACGAGAGCUGCGAGAAGUUCCAGAACAAACUGUGUGGAGGUGCAGUCUGAUAAAACAUUUGACAAUAUCCAUUUAUAAAUAGAUAAUACAUACAGUAACAUUGGAAAUAUAGAUGAAAACAUAUAUGCAUGUACUGUAUAACAAUAGAAUGAACACCUGCCAUCUGUUAAUGACAGUCUCAUUAUGAAUUGGGGUACACACUUGAAUUAUUAAAACACCACAAAGAGGAGUGUUUUACAAACAUAAUCUACAAAUUCUGACGUAAAAUAACUUCUCUGUGUUGAAGGGAACGGGAAAUGCCGUUGUAAAAAUUGCGAAUGCAACCCUGAUUACGAAGGCACCGCCUGCCAAUGCAAGAAGUCGGACGAGCAGUGUCGCACACCAGGCGGGAGUGUGUGCAGCGGCAGGGGCACAUGCCAGUGUAACCAGUGCAAGUGUAUCGAGGGCUACCAGCGGCCCUACUGUCUGACCUGCCCCGCCUGCUUGACCCCCUGUAUAACCAAGGGGUAAGAUGGCCUGGGCCCACCUUUUUCACUCACUCAACCACUGACUUCACUGGCCCCUUGGGGUAAUGUUGUUGGAGCCAUCGUGUACGUAUUGAAAUGCAUCACAAUCACAGGACAAACAAAGAUGGUUACCAUUGACCAUACAGGAUGACUGGGAGAAUAGAAUGUAGGACUGCGAAAUAUAAUUUCUGCGUGUUGCCAUCUUACUCAAAACGAGGGGUUUUGGAACCAAAGCAUGCGUUGAAGUCCUUAAAGGAGAAAAACAAAUGUUGAGCAAGGAAGUUUUUCACUCUCUACCUCGUUCUUCUAUUUUCAGGAAAUGCAUCGAGUGUCUGGGCUUUCAGACAGGCCCGUUCAGUAAGAACUGCUCCCAGACCUGUAAGAGUAUUAAUGAAUUUGAGAUGGUGGAAACAUUGCCACCUGGUAAGCCUUGUGACGUGAGGGAUGUGGAGAACUGCCGGGUGUUCUUUACCAUUAAACAGUUGGAUGGAGAGGACAACUACUCCGCCCAGAUACUAAAGACCAGAGGUAAGAGACUUAUGUCUUGUGCAACUAAAAACUAUGCCCAUGUUACCUUCAUUGCCCACAGAAAACAGAAAUGUCUGCUGGGGUUUUAAUUGACUGACCACGUUGUUUGAUGUGCAUCAAGAUAAAGCCUCCAAGGGACAUUGAAAGCAUCUCAAUCACAAUGUCAGAGAGAUGUUCGUUACCAAAUUUUUUCACACUAAACAAAACAUGCCAUAGCCACCAAGACCGCCUAAAAAUGUGUGAUUGUUCAUGUCUGUCAUAAUUGUGUUAGAGUGUCCCGAGUUGCCAAACAUCUACGCCAUCAUUGGAGGCUCCAUUGUGGUAGUGGCCAUGAUCGGCUUUCUGAUCCUGCUCCUCAUCAAAGGCUUAAUCCACAUGAAUGACCUGAAGGAGUUCCGCAAGUUUGAGAAUGAAAAAAAGAAAUCCAAGUGGGCAAAGGUGAGUGACAUUUGAUACUUUAUAGUGUUAGAUUCAAAAACUUACUGACGACUAGUAAAGCUCAAACCAAGUUUAUUCACACAGCUGCAUAAGACAAAGACAUGUUUACACAAGCACUGGUAUUUAAACCUUCCUCCUAUGCUGAGUCUCCUCCUUACACAUCUUGUCAGCCAAUACAUCUUUGAUGCUAGACAGGACUUCAGUGAUGCCUGUUCCUUCUCACUUCAUGGGACCUGACCUGACCUCGGCCCCCAUCCCUCACUAAUCCACAGCUAUCCACCCUCAUCAGUGACUACAACCAUGUGAUUGUCUUUUCACCUAUCUUAGAAACAUUCUAAGCCCCUGGCUCUUAUCCAACCUCCAUUGACCCCACCAUAUGCAUUCCUCCUACAUAUAACCCUUAACUUCGGUGUAUCAAGUAUUUCAAAUUACAACCCAACAUCUGAAACCAGACUGUGGCCCUUCUCCUCUCCAUAGGAUACCUAAUAUCUAACAAUAACAUGUUCUGACAGAAUGUAAACUUUCUGCAUUCCCCUCUCUCCCUCUGUAUCAUGAAUAAGGAUAUUUCACAUGUUCAAGUUUAGAAGUCAGAACCCAUCAAUAGAAAUCAUCACUUUGGCCCAGAUUCCGAGCCAAGUUAAGCGCGCGUAAAUGUGUAUUCUGACCUUGAACUUAAGCAUGAGAAUAGCAUGCUAUUCACCCACUAUUAGUUUGAAGCUCUAAUAAAUUAAGGUGUGGCGGAGGUGUGUGUACAGACACGCCAUAUUCUGACCUUGAAUUAAUUCCUGAAUAAUUCCACCACCUUGACGCGCGAGGAAAUCAUGAAUAAGAUCUAGCGAACCUACCGGUUCCAAGUGGAAAAAGCAUUUGCUUCAUUUUUUUCUGAUAGAAAUAGCACCAUUCUCCAUGGACUGUGAUUUACUUACUUGAUAAGAGCUAGGUAAAUUAGUAAUCCAUUUGGAGAAGGGGAUUGUAAAUACACAUAGUAAUUGUUUAUCAACAUGACAUGAAUAGCACAUUGAAAUAGGAUAUAAAUAGCAGUGCCGUUAUUCAGAAUUCUAAUUGUGUGCCUUUAUAAUUUGUGUAGAUGAAAUUUGGAGACCCAAGCUAUAGGCUUCUGUAGGGUUGAACCUGCCGAGUUGAUGUAUGCCAGUGUUUCCCAAACUCGAUCCUGGGUACACCAAGGGGUGCAUGUUUUUGUUGUUGCCCUAGCACUAGACAGCUGAUUCAAAUAAUCAAAGCUUGAUGAUUACAUGAUUAUUUGAAUCAGCUGUGUAGUGCUAUUGUCACGCCCUGGCUCUGGGGACACUGUUAUGUUGAGCCAGGGUGUGUAGAUCUAUGUUCCCUAUUUCUAUGUUGGCCUGAGUGACUCCCAAUCAGAGGCAACGAGUGUCAGCUGUUUGCUGGUUGUCUCUGAUUGGGAGCCAUAUUUAAACUGUCGGUUUUUCCUUUGUUUUUGUGGGUUCUUGUUUCAAGUUGGUUGUGUUUGACCGUGUACUGUCACGUUACCGUCUUUGUUGUUUUGAUCGCGUUUCGCUCAUUAAAGAGUAUGUUUGCCUGCAACGCUGCGCCUUGGUCCUCAUCUGUUCCCGACGAUAGUGACAGAAGAACCCACCACAAUUGGACCAAGCAGCGAGUCGAGGAGCCAUCGCCAGGGAGAUCCCUAGCAGAUCUCCGUGGCAGCCUCGACUGGGUCAAGCCGAGGGAAGAGCAGAGAGAGUGGACUUGGGAACAAUGGAGGAAGAGCCUCGACUGGGUCAAGCCCAUUGAGGAGCUGAAUAGCGGGAGUUGGAAGCAGAGGAGCGAGAGUUGGGCGAGAAUUAUAGAGGCCUGGCCCACGGGGAGGAGAGAACCCCAGAAAAUUUUUAGGGGGGGGCUCACGACGUCGGGGCAACAGGAGGCCGCGAUAGAGCGGUCCAGCGGGUUGGCAGAGGAGGCCGCCAGGUUACGGGGGCCACUGGUCGAAGAGGGGAUGGAAGGUGUAGAGGCACGGCGAGAGGUACUGGGGUGUGUUACCAGUCCGGUCCGGCCCGUUCCAGAUCCCGGUGUAGGGCCAGUGGUGUGUGUCCCCAAUACGGUCCGGUCUGUUCCUGCUCCCCGCACCAAGUGUACGGUGCGCGUCGCCAGCCCAGCCCGGCCUGUUCCUGCCCCUCGCACCAAGCCUACGGUGCGCUUCGCCAGCCUGGCCCGGCCUGCUCCUGCCCCUCGCACCAAGCCUACGGUGCGCUUCGCCAGCCCGGCCCGGCCUGCUCCUGCCCCUCGCACCAAGCCUACGGUGCGCUUCGCCAGCCCGGCUCGGCCCGUUCCUGCUCCCCGCACCAAGUCUGUGGUGCGUUUCGUCAGCCCAGUCCGGCCCGUUCCUGCUCUCCGCACCAGGUCUGUGGUGCGCGUCGCCAGCCCAGUCCGGCCCAUUCCUGCUCCCCGCACCAAGUCUGUGGUGCGUUUCGUCAGCCCUGUCCGGCCCGCUCCUGCUCUCCACACCAGGCCAGUGGUGUGCGUCGUCAGUCCAGCACGGCCCGUGCCUGUUCCCCGCACCAAGCCAGGGGUGCGUAUCGUCAGCCCGGUCCGGUCCAUUCCUGCUCCACGCACCAAGCCAGGGGUGCGUAUCGUCAGCCCGGUCCGGCCAGUUGCGUACUCACGCACCAAUCCUGAUUCCUGCUCCUCAAUCAAAGGCUUAAUCCACAUGAAUGACCUGAAGGAGUUCCGCAGUUUGAGAAUGAAAAAAAGAAUCCAAGUGGGCAAAGGUGAGUGACAUUGAUACUUAUAGUGUAGAUUCAAAAACUUACUGACGACUAGUAAAGCUCAAACCAAGUUUAUUUCACACAGCUGCAUAAGACAAAGACAUGUUUACACAAGCACUGGUAUUUAAACCUUCCUCCUAUGCUGAGUCUCCUCCUUACACAUCUUGUCAGCCAAUACAUCUUUGAUGCUAGACAGGACUUCAGUGAUGCCUGUUCCUUCUCACUUCAUGGGACCUGACCUGACCUCGGCCCCCAUCCCUCACUAAUCCACAGCUAUCCACCCUUAUCAGUGACUACAACCAUGUGAUUGUCUUUUCACCUAUCUUAGAAACAUUCUAAGCCCCUGGCUCUUAUCCAACCUCCAUUGACCCCACCAUAUGCAUUCCUCCUACAUAUAACCCUUAACUUCGGUGUAUCAAGUAUUUCAAAUUACAACCCAACAUCUGAAACCAGACUGUGGCCCUUCUCCUCUCCAUAGGAUACCUAAUAUCUAACAAUAACAUGUUCUGACAGAAUGUAAACUUUCUGCAUUCCCCUCUCUCCCUCUGUAUCAUGAAUAAGGAUAUUUCACAUGUUCAAGUUUAGAAGUCAGAACCCAUCAAUAGAAAUCAUCACUUUGGCCCAGAUUCCGACCCAAGUUAAGCGCGCGUAAAUGUGUAUUCUGACCUUGAACUUAAGCAUGAGAAUAGCAUGCUAUUCACCCACUAUUAGUUUGAAGCUCUAAUAAAUUAAGGUGUGGCGGAGGUGUGUCUACAGACACGCCAUAUUCUGACCUUGAAUUAAUUCCCAAAUAAUUCCACCACCUUGACGCGCGAGGAAAUCAUGAGUAAGAUCUAGCGAACCUACCGGUUCCAAGUGGAAAAAGCAUUUGCUUAAUUUUUUCUGAUAGAAAUAGCACCAUUCUCCAUGGACUGUAAUUUACUUACUUGAUAAGAGCUAGGUAAAUUAGUAAUCCAUUUGGAGAAGGGGAUUGUAAAUACACAUAGUAAUUGUUUAUCAACAUGACAUGAAUAGCACAUUGAAAUAGGAUAUAAAUAGCAGUGCCGUUAUUUAGAAUUCUAAUUGUGUGCCUUUAUAAUUUGUGUAGAUGAAAUUUGGAGACCCAAGCUAUAGGCUUCUGUAGGGUUGAACCUGCCGAAUUGAUGUAUGCCAGUGUUUACCAAACUCGAUCCUGGGUACACCAAGGGGUGCAUGUUUUUGUUGUUGCCCUAGCACUAGACAGCUGAUUCAAAUAAUCCAAGCUUGAUGAUUACUUGAUUAUUUGAAUCAGCUGUGUAGUGCUAUGGCAAAAAACAAAAUGUGCACCCUUAAGGGUCCCAAGGACCGAGUUUGGGAAACGUUGAUGUAUGUGCUUUAGAAUGUUUGAUUAUAUGCCCAGGCUUUCUUCCAUUUUAUUUUACAAUUUGAAUCAUGUUAAAUAUUAGCCACAAUCGGGAGCCACUGUCAGUAAUACCCACAUACAUUUAUGUUUGCAUCAUUCCAUUCCAUUCUGUUUACCUUUCUUUCCCCUCUCAUGUCCUGUUUCUGAGGGUCGCUAGCAUUAGUGGAUCAUAUUAGGCUAACGUUGUGCAAUAAUUUAGGACAUGUAGCCUAUUUGAAUCAUUAUGGAACUCAGACCACAGGUAGCAGGUUAAACCUGGAGCCUGGUGCACGGUUCACCACGACUGGACCAUUGUCAUACAGUUCCAUGAUUAGUGAGAAUUAGGGUAGAUUUAUAGGAUUAUUGUUCAACCCCUAUUGUUUUCUUGUAUUUUUACCCCUUUUUUGCGAUAUCCAAUUGGUAGUUACAAUCUUGUCCCAUCGCUGCAACUCCCGUAUGGACUCGGGAGAGGCAAAGGUCGAGAGCCAUGUGUCCUCCGAAACACUACCCGCCAAGCCGCACUGCUUCUUGACAAACUGCUCGCUUAACCCGGAAGCCAGCCGCACCAAUGUGUCGGACGAAACACCGUACAGCUGACGACCGAAGUCAGCGUGCAUGCGCCCGGCCGCCACAAGGAGUCACUAGAGCGCGAUGGGACAAGGACAUCCCAGCCGGCCAAACCCUUCCCUAACCCGGACAACAUUGGACCAAUUGUUUGCCGCCUCAUGGGUGUCCCGGUCACGGUUGGCUGGGACACAGCCCAGGAUUGAACCCGGAUCUGUAGUGACGCCUCUGGCACUGCGAUGUAGUGCCUUAGACCGCUGCGCCACUCGGGAGGCCCCGUUCAACUCCUAUUUUACACUUUUAUCCACAUUCCAAUAUUUCAUUGAUUGAACUUGAAUAUGACAAGGAGGAAUCAAACCCCUGUAGUGUUUCGUGCGUAAAUGCUCUCCAAAGUUUUACAUACUUUUUUUUACAUACAUAUAUACUUUCCUAACCCAAAAAUUUGCCUAAAUAAUCUACAAGAUCAGAUAAUUCUACCAGCUGGUGCUGAAACGGAGAUGAAUAUGCAUAGAUGGCUUUCUUUCAUUGAUCCCUAUAUUCUGAACCCGCUCUCUCAAUGUAUUAUAUUGAGUCUGUCGACGAAAUUCUAAUUAAAGGUGCACCAUAUUUAAAGGGAUGGCUUAAGAUAAAUGUACUGAAAACCCCAUUGAAUGAAAACGUAUCUGUUGGCAGCAAGUGGAAUGGUUGAAUAAAAUGUAUUCUGAGUGUGCAAAGUAGCCACACCUGCAGAGCGCAUUACUUGACUAAAUAUUGAGAAGUGCGUGGGAAGGUAUGCGAAGGAAAGGCAUACAUUCUUAUGUCGGUAUCUGUCCCUUUGAGAAGAGAUAGAGCAGCACAGCAGUGGUCUCCAGAACCCGGGGAGCCUUGUUUGUAAAACGCUUUUUCAAGAUUUGAUCAGUAACUGUGCGUAAGUCGAAAUCCAGCCAGUGUUGUGAUUUGCCAUAAAUGUAUGGCUGGCAAAGACAGCAGCUAUUUAAAACAAGACACCACAUUUAUCACUCCAGAUGUCUGAGUUCCAUACGUUACAGAUUUUUCAUAAUAUGUCAUUUACUGUACCUCUCAAUAGGGAGAGAAUCCACUAUUCAACAGUGCGACCACCACCGUGGCUAACCCUACCUUCACUGGAGAAUAAGAUCAGCGACAUCAGUCAGCCCAGACAAUAA